AUGUCUUCAUCCACCACCAACCAACCACCCCAACCCCCCAAACAAGCCGCCUACAACGCCCAAAACCCAGUAACCCAGAACCCCGUCGAACAACGAACCUCCCUCCACAACCACGGCCAGCUGCACGAGGGCCGACGAUACGGCGACUCCGUCCCCCCGAUAAUCCGCGGAGCAGAGUCCUCUCCCUCCAACCCGUCCGCGCUGUCACAGAUUCAAAAACGUCAUGAACAAGAGCGCACGAAGAUGCAGAACGCCCCAGACGUGGAUCUGGAGUAUGGGGUGGAGCAGCAGCCUCGGGAAGGCGAUAUCGUGGCGGCGGUGAAGGGAGGAGGAAGGAGAGAGCAGGCGGGGGCUCAUGCGGGCGCCGUGGGGAGUCUGCCGGGGCCUGGGUAUACGCAGUACGGGGAGAAGGGGUUGACGGCGGACAUGGGGAGGAAGAGGGAGGAGCAUGAUCGGGUGCUUGGGGAGAGGGUGGGACAGUCGCCGCCGGAGCCAAUUGGGGAGACGGCAGAGAGGGAGGCACUGAGGCAGAGGAAGUUGGAGGAGGAGAGGGAGUUGGAUGUGAAGGGGGCGGUGCACGAGGCGACGGGAGAUCCAGUUGUUGGGUAG